UGCGCUGCGUAACUCAAUUCUCUGACAGUUACCGAACUCCGCCGACUAACGUCCAGUACGUGUCCCACCUACGCGGUCCCGAGUUGCUCUCUCUUGGUCCUAGAGCAAGGAGCCGAGGGGGUGGCAUGGCCAAGACGGCAGCUUCUUCGGGGCUGGAGGAGUUAGACCUGAGCGGAGAGGAGGUCCAGCGACUCACCUCCGCCUUCCAGGACCCGGAGUUCAGGCGAAUGUUCGCCGAGUACGCCUCGGAGCUCAACGACCCCGAGAAUCGGCGGCGCUAUGAGGAGGAGAUCACCGCGCUGGAGCGUGAGCGCGGAGUGGAGGUGCGCUUUGUGCACCCGGAGCCAGGCUACGUGUUGCGCACCAGCCUCGACGGGGCGCGGCGCUGCUUCGUGAACAUCUGCAGCAACGCGCUGGUGGGCGCGCCCAGCUGUCGGCCGAGCUCCGCGGGAGCAAGGUCCGGCAGCCAGUGGUCCCUGCCCUACAGCCUGGCGCCCAGCCGCGAGUACGCGGGAGGCCGCGGUGCCCGCUACACCGUCUACGACGUGGUUUUCCACCCAGAAGCGCUGGCGCUGGCGCGGCGCCACGUGCGCUUCCGCCAGAUGCUGGACGCCACAGCCCUCGAGGCCGUGGAGAAGCAGUUCGGUGUAAAGCUGGACCACAGGAACGCCAAGUCCCUGAAGAUCAAGUACAAGGGGACCCCGGAGGCCGCCGUCUUGCGCACGCCCCUGCCCGGGGGCGCCCCGGCCCGGCCCCAGGGGGAGCCGGAGAGCCCGCUCCCGGCCUUCCCCUACCCUUACAACGGUCCGGCCGCCGCCGGGGACGCCGCGGCGCCCCAGCCCCAGGCGCCCGCACCUCCCGCGGCGGACCCGCCGCCCGCCCCCACCGAACCCCGCUACAGCGUGGUGCAGCGCCACCACGUGGACCUCCAGGAUUACCGCUGCUCCCGGGACUCGGCCCCCAGCCCCGUGCCCCGGGAGCUGGUGGUGACCAUCGAGCUACCGCUGCUGCGCUCGGCCGAGCAGGCGGCGCUGGAGGUGACGGGGAAGCUUCUGUGCCUCGACUCGAGAAAACCCGACUACCGGCUGAGGCUGUCGCUCCCAUACCCGGUGGACGACAGCCGCGGCAAGGCGCGGUUCAACAAGGCCGCCCGGCAGCUGGUGGUGACGCUGCCGGUGGUGACGCCGCCGGUGACGCUGCCGGCCCCGCGCCCGGAGCCCGCCCCGGAACCGGAAGUGUCGGCCGCCGCGCUCGGAAGUGACGGCCCCACCCCCCCUUCCGCUUGCGAGGAGGAGGCGGUCCCGGCCGGUCCUGAAGCGCGGGAAGGCGGCGUAGGUCCGUGUCGAGCCCGGGCUUCUGACGACGCGGCCGUGGCCGCAGCGUGCACCGCUGGAGACGAGCCCGUCUGCCGGCCGGAGGAGCGGGACCUCGCCGAGCGAGCGGCGUCGGUUGAGGGCGUCCGCGAGGAGCCGGGUCCCGCCGCGGAGAGUUCUUCUGCGGACGGAGGCGGAGGCUCGUCUUGUGCUUCAUUCGGAGAUUUUGUCGGGGGACCUUCUGUGGGAAGAGGCCGUGCGUUGGGAGACCUCGGUCUGGAGGCGCGCGUGGCCGGGGACGUCUCCAGCAGCGACCCGUCUGAUCGGGCCAUGGGUUGUACCGAGACCGACAGCGGGGGCCCGUUGUGUCCCCCUUUGCACUGUACUCAGGACGAGGAGUCCCUGACUCUGCUAAUUCAGGUGCCUCACAUUCAGUCGCAGAGUCUUCAAGGGGAUGUGAGCCCCCUUCGGUACAAAUUGUGCUUCUCCACACACGACUUAGUUUAUUAUUCCGUUGUUUUGCAAUUUGCUUCAGAGAAUAAAUUGAGCACUAAAGAACCAGUGGUUAGCAUUUCUUCGGACAAUGCAGUGAUAGAACUCGCAAAAUCGCCCGAGAGCCAUGGACAUUGGAGAGAGUGGUAUUAUGGUUUAAACAACAGUUCUUUGGAGGAAAGGUUGUUUGUCAAUGAAGAAAAUGUAAAUGAGUUUCUUGAAGAGGUCUCAAGUUCUCCAUUCAGACAGACAAACCCUCUAGCACCAUUAAUUGAAGUUCUUCAGGUUACUGAUAGUAAGAUUCAGAUUCAUGCAAAGUUUCAAGAAUGUAGUGGCUCUGAUCAACUUCGUGAAAAAGAAGAAAGAGUCAAUGAAGGAAGUCAUCUGCCUGAAAAAGAAAAUGUAGAACAUCCUACUACCUCAACACCUGAUUCUGAUUCAUUCAUAGCAGUUAAAGCACCAGAAAUAGAAGGUGGUGAUACAGUUACAUGCUUGCAACAAGAGUCUCUUGAUGUUUCUCAGAUGUUAUUUGGAAAGUGUCAGCAACCUGAGUCUCAAAUGAAACCUGAAUCUGUGUCAGAAAAAUGUGCUAUUUACUCAAAUGAGAAAAAGGAUAAUUUAAAAGAAACAGCAGUAACCAAAGAGAAGGAAUUAGAUGGACAUCAUCUAUAUUCAUUACAGAACAAUGCUACAGUUCACAAUAUGCCUGGUUUUGACAACAUAAAAGAAACCAAUAUGCAGGAUGGUAGUGUGAAGAUUAUUAAAGAUCAUGUGACUCAUUGUGCAUUCAGUUUUCAGAAUUCUUUGCUGUAUGAUUUGGAUUAAUUCUGUGUAACUUUAGAAUUUAAAGGUUAAAAGUCAAAAGUGUUUGGAAUUAAAGUAGAUUGUUAACUAUUUACUAUCUUAAAACUAACAGUAUUCAAGGAAGUAUAAACUUAAAAUUUGAAAUUUUGAUUCGAAAGGACAGUUGUGUUUUUGUAUCUACAAAGUUCAUGCAAACUUGCCUUAAUUAUGGACAUAAAUUUUGUGAUUUUCUUACAGAUGUGUAAUUUUGUAAUGGAGAAUUAAACAUCUAGUUCUAAUUAUAUAUAUUUAUGUAUGUGUUAUUUUUGGCUUAUUUAUCAUUACUUGCAAUCAACUUUCAAAAUUUUCACUAAAUUGUCUGUCACAAAAAGUAUUUCUCAAAAAUGCAAAUAGCCAGAAAUAUGGAUGUAUGUAUGGGGACAUUAGAAACAAAAAUGCAUGUGUCUCAUAAGGAUGUAUUUAUGCUCCAAUUCUUAGAUUCUUAAAAUUUUACUACCCAUCAAUCCAGUUACAAUACAAAUACACACUGAAUGAAAUUUAAUAUUUUUGCUUUAGUUGUUUCACUGUAUCAUACAAAGUAUAUUUAAUAGAUUAUUCAGUAAUGACUGAAAAUUUCAUUUCUAAGUUUUUUUGAAAUUAUUACAAUAUUUAAACAUGUCUUGAUUUUCACAUUUAUGAAUUUUAGAAUAGGACCAAAAAUCUAGGAAUAUGUGACAGUAUAUAUAUGUGACAGCAUAUAUAAAAGGGGCAGCAAAUAAUGUAUCUAACAGUGGCUAAAUUAUUUUGUGGAAUACUUUUAUUUGCAGCCAAGAAAUUUUUUUUCCUAGAUUUUUUUCUCCUCACAGAAUUUUCUUCUCACAGAAUGUCACAGAAUUUCAGGACACCAAGAAAGAAAACAUAGAAUGGUAAAUAUUUGUUGAUCUAAUUGCUAACGUCAAGGUCACACCUAUUUCUGUCUUAAAAGCUGCUGUAAAAUGAGUCUUUUGGUCUUAAGUCAUUUCUUCAGUCCUUUUGAAUUGAGGUCUGAGCAUCAAAAACCAAUACAAAGGGAGGCAACUGAUUUACAUUUAUAACCCUGAUUGAAUCUGUAACUAGAUUGUGCUGCGAGGGCAGUAUAAAGGCAGCUCAUAUAGAGAACUUUGCCCCACUUUAGAUGACCAUCUGUAUUUUUCAACCAUAAUUGCUUAGUUCAGUGCAAUGAUUUUUGAGAUUAUCCACUUAGUAAGCUUUCUAAGAAAUGACUUAAUUGUAAUACCUACUCAAAAUAAUCAGUAAAUAUUGGUUAAAGCGAUUAUAUACAGCUAAGGGUAACUUCUACAUUAAUGUGGAGUAACUUUUAAGCCUGUUUCCUGUUACAUACUCUGUCCUUUUAGAAAGUAUGAUUUCAGUUAAUGCUAGCAGGAGGGCAUGUUUGACUUUGGCAUGACUGAACUUUGUAUCAUUCGAAAACAAUUUAGGCUGUUAUUCCACUCACACAGCAGCUUUUUAUUGUUUAUUAUCUAAUCCUAGCUAAUUUGAAAACCAGUUUCAUCCAAAGGGAAUGCAUAUUCUCAAGAGUUGGGUUUUACUUUAAACUAAGUUAUACACUAUAUACUACAUACACUAUAUAGUAAGAUGUACACGAAAAUAAAUACAAAGAUGUAAUGCUAACUUUAAAACUUAUAGAAAGUUUUUACAGAAUGUUGGUAUUAAGUAAAAAUUUAUUGUGCAAAAUAAUUAGGAACUUUUUAUGCAAAAAUGAGUAUUUUAUUUUGGCAGCACUAAAAAAAAAAUCAAAACCACUGUAUUUCUACAUUGAGGUGAAAACAAUGUUUAAACUUUCUUACCAAUCAAAUACAUUCCAAAAGAAAGUGUGUUCUAUGAAGGUUCCAAAGCACAGGCAAAUCUUAAGACAGUAAUACAGGAAUCCUUAAUACUGAAAAUGACUGUUCUGACAAGGUGUUUAACAAACAUAACUUGAAUCAUAAAACUAGUGAAGCAAUCCCUUACUAGUAACUGUCAAGAGUGAAACUGGGUUUAUUUCAAUAAUACUUCCAUCAAUUUCAUUGU